UUCACACAUUCUCCUUCCCAUUGAACUGCUUUACAUAGACAUAGUCGUGUUUUUGAGCAGGUUGUAAAGUUAAUCUGACAAAAACAUAAAUAAGGGCUUGAUUAAAGCCAACCUACAUUUAGACUUUUACAACAAUAUUACGACAAAACGCAGAACUACAAAAAGAACCGCAACGAACAAAUGUAUAAUCGAAAACAUCAUCGGUAUUUAACCAAAUAAUUUGUUUUACUCCGAAAAGGAGAACAUGUUAAAUGCCACUCGGGGACUUCUAAUAUUGUCGGUGAAUCGAGUCAUUUAAACAAACACUAAAACGAGUCGUUGCUAAUGCUAUUUCAAGCACGUGGGCAACUUUACCUCGCAUAUAAGUAAAUAAAUACUCUCAGUGUGAAAGCAUCCAACUGGAACACAUACAUAAACACUAAACAAAACCAUAAAAAAAAAAAUCGAGAACGAAAUAGAAACCACCGUAUUUAAACAAGAACUUAUAAAUCUACUUUAAUCGAAUAUGCGUAAUAUACUUUUGAGUGAGGACUCAAACGAACGGCGAGUCGGUUCAUUUGCGCGAACCGAUUCUCUAAAAUGAUUCAAACUUUUCCGUCGACGUCAAGAGCGAGAUCAUCAACAUAAAGAACAUAAAGAGACAAUUUCCUGAAACUCUGACUUAGUCUACGCCUGAGUCUCUGCAAGAACCACCAACAAAAUAUGAGUCGGUUGAGGACAAGAUCACACUUCGUGCACGUGCAAAGGUUCUUCAUUCAUUUGAAUGCUUUUGGUUUGGAAGCGUAACCAAGUCCAUUGCGCAAAGUGAUAGGUUAUAAUGGCCAACUGCACCCUCAACAUCACAGAUGGCAUCCAGAUUUUCCAGUUAGCCACGUCUAUACCUACAUUCAUCAUGGGAGUUCUGGGGAACGCCUACAUCUUAAUAAUGUUCUGCCGUCAGCCCAGAUCAGAGUGGAACUACGUAAAGAUCUACAUUACCAAUAUGGCCAUCGCCGACUGCAUUUUGUUAGUGAUCUUGCCCAUCAAGAUUGCUUCAUUCUACCAGAAUUUGGAGGGAACUUCACAACUAUGGGACCAUUCGAACAAGGAAUUGUGUUAUGUACUUGUGUCGGUUUACUACGUCAACAUGUACGUUAGCAUCUUCACCGUGACCGCCAUAAGUGUUGUGCGUUAUGUGGCCAUCAAGUUCCCUAUGAAGGCAAGUGGUGUUCUGUCAUGCAGGAGAGCUAUGGUGGUCUGUGCGCUCAUAUGGGUGGUGAACUGCUCUUUCAGUGCUGCCUUCCACCGCGUGGACGACCCUAAACAAAACGCAACGAUCAAGUGCUUUCAGAAGAACAAGACAGAGGAGUUACCAUUGGUCUUCAUUCUGGUGUUGAACAUAGUUGGGUUCCUCCUGCCCGUCCUAAUCAUGUUGUAUUGCUCCAUCAAAGUCAUCGCUAAGCUACGAAAAGAGUUGGAGAUCGGUUCUCGUGUUGAAAAGGUCCAAUGCAUCUUCAUCAUCGCAGCCAAUUUGGUUGUUUUUGUCAUAUGCUUUUUCCCAGUCCACUUGGGGUUUCUGUUCAAGUACAUAACGCAAGCUAACAAUUACAGUUGCGACGUGCAGUUUUUAGCACACAACUUUGUGCAUGGUGCUAUGUGUAUUUCCAGUAUGAACUGUGGUUUGGACAGUUUUAGUUAUUAUUUUGCUACCAAAAGGUCAUGGAAUAUGUGCUGCACGGAUAAAACAAGAAAUGAAGAAUAUGAAUGCGUUUCCCGUUCAAAGUCCCAAAUGUAAUUUAUAGCUUAAUGAGAUUUAUUGUCACCAUUAUAAUGACUAUGGCUGGUGACACUUUAUAAGCAGUCCAACCAUUAAAUAUGGCUUAAAACAUGAUUUUAAUACAUUUAAAAAGUACAUAUGAAAGUAUUGUUCCAUGACAUUUUGACUUUGAUCUGGAAAGUUAUUAUAAAUUGUAUUCUUCUGGAAAGUUGCACCAUUUUCAGACAUGUUUAAAAGGCAUAUAUGGACAAAAAUCGUCAUA